AUCAAUAUUUGAUAUGAGUAAGAACUUUAUAUUGUUUUAUUGUUUAAAUAUCUUGUCAUCAUGGACUAUCAACCGAGUGUUGGACAUUCUAGGGUCCUCUGACUGUGAGGUGGAAUGCUGUAGAGGAUGCGAAGAAUCCUUCGUAGGAACAAUAAGCAAGACACAUGUGAACUACACCCAGCUGAGGAGCCGAGCCAGUAGCUACUACGUAUCUUGUGGUUUCUGGGGGUGGGGCUCUUGCAAAAAAUACCGUCUUCGGUACUACAUCUACAAGACCUACAAGACUCUGUAUUACAAGACCGUAGGGAUGAAGUGUGACCCCGGCUGCCAGUGUGUCCAGAGAGUGUCUGUGGGUCCACUUCCGAUACUCUUCCUGUCGUCCAACGCCACGACGUCCAAUGUCACUACGGCCACAUCCACAACCCCUCUGACAACCUAUCUUCAACCCUGAGAUCCCUCCACUGGUUACCCAUCAAACAACGCAUUGAAUACAUAAUAUUCUUCUGACUCACAACUGCAUCUAUGAGAACGACAUGUGUAUCUAUUUCAAAGACCUCAUUACAAUUCCGACCUUUUCGUUCUGUUGACCAGUUCCUCCUAUUAACUCCACUCAGCAAAAUAAGCAUGGUGACAGAGCUUUCUCUUCUGCAGCUCCCAACCUCUGGAACAGUCUUCCCCUAUCUCUAAGAUCACUAAUGGCAACAACAAACUUCAAAUCAGCUCUAAAAACAUAUCUCUUUCUUCAAGCAUACCUAAACUAUCUUCUUGUAU